AUGUAUAACCAUGAAAAAGUAGGAAUUGGACCUGGAUCGUUCUCAUCGUGGAUCGUCUGGAAUAUGUGGAUAGCAAGGAACCAACUCAUCUUCCAGAAGAGAGAAUUCACGCCAGAGGAGACAAUCACAAAAGCGAUCACCGAAGCUCGGGAAUGGAUUCUGCUCCAGGAAUCUCCGCCUAAUCCAUCUCCGUCGCACCCUAAUAGGAACUUGGAUCCCCAACCUCGAACUGCCCAGAUACACCUGUAUACCGAUGCUACUUGGAACUUGACAACGGAAAAUGCAGGACUUGGAUGGAUCUUCGAUGUUGCAGGAUCUAUCACCUCCUUUUCAGCGACCGCAGGAUCUGUAACGUCGCCCCUUAUGGCGGAAACAUUGGCUAUGCGAAAAGCCAUAAUCUCUGCCCAUGAUCGUGGACUCGAUUCUAUUCUCAUCCUUUCUGAUUCUCAAGUUCUCGUUACCUUGAUCAACAAUCGCUCAAGGAAUUUGGAAAUUGCAGGAAUCAUCAACGACAUAUAUCUUUUAGCGUGUUUGUUUAAUUCCAUCUCGUUUAAGUUUAUCCCCAGAGAAGUUAAUGUUAUGGCUGACUCUAUGGCCAAACAGGCCAUGAACUCAAUGUUUCUAGCUGCCCGGCCAUCGCCGUCAAAAAAAGUCUACAGAGCCUUUGACCAAGAAGAAGGCAUCGAAGUCGCGUGUUACCAAGUCAAGCUCAGCUGUUUCUUCGACGAUCCCGCCAUGACGGAGAGGCUUUACUCGGAGGUGAGGCUCCUCAAGAGCCUCAAGAAGAGCAGCAUCAUCGCCUUGUACAAGGUGUGGAGAGACAAGAGGAGCAACACGCUGAACUUCAUCACCGAGAUUUGUACCUCGGGAAACUUGAGAGAGUAUAGGAAGAAGCAUAGACACAUGCCAAUGAGAGCUUUGAAGAAGUGGUCUAAGCAGAUACUUAAGGGAUUGGUUUAUCUCCACACGCAUGAUCCUUGCAUUAUCCAUAGAUAUCUUAACUGCAGCAACGUUUUCGUUAAUGGAAACAUCAGUCAGGUUAAGAUUGGCGAUCUUGGAUUGGCUGCAAUCGUGGGGAAGAACCAUUCAGCUCACUCGAUCCUCAGGACACCAGAGUUCAUGGCUCCUGAGCUAUACGAUGAGGAGAACGACCUACGAACACGCAACGGACGUGAUAUCUAUCUGCGGCUGAGGGAUUCGCAGUCGAGAAGAAAGGAGAAGGAGAGAAGACUAAAUCGAGACGAUACUGUUUUUGGGAGAGGAAGAGAAAGUACCUUAGAUCCGGAUCCUGUAGACGUGGAGCAGCUAGCUUGGCGACUGGUGUCCUCCACCCCAUCGGCGGAGGGAGAUGCAGAGGCGCCGCCACUUCCAGAUUCGCCGCUCCAGGAGAGCGGAGUCUUCGGACUACCUCUAACCGAAUCCACAUCCUUCUUCAACGUAACGCCACCAAAUGCUUAUGAUCCACAUGUGAACACGUGAGAUCCGGGAAACAAUCUAGAUAUUUUGGAUGAGAUUGUUAGUAAAGUUUGGAUGAGAUCAUCAAUUAUACAGUUUAUAAGCCUCACUAAACUAAAUAUUUAGUUUGUUUAUUAUGUUCGUCAAAGGGAUAGUACCUGGUGAGAGGUGGCCAUGAAGUCUGGGCUUCAGAGAGAAUGUGUUCCUCAUGUUUGUUCAGUGAAUCUAAUAGCGAUAGGAGCAUCACAAAACCUGAAGUUAGUGUUGCUUCUUGCAACAUCAAAAACACUGAGCUCAUAAAGCGAGCAUUCUUUCAAAACGUGUUUGAAUGUGAGCAUGUAAUAAAUUCUCUCUUUUUUGAUAAAAUAUAAAAUUAAAGUAUUUUUAUUUGUUACA